UUUAUUACUCCCCCAACCCAGAAAUAUUUUUAAAAACCACUCCUGCUAAUGUAAUAACUAGCUAAUUAUCGUUAACAGCAGGUUACCUUCGUCUUCUGAGCAUCGAACUAAUCAGCACGCUCGACACGGUAAUGCAUGCAUGCUAAUAUCAAUAUUAUAACCAGUUCCGAUUUGUCAUCCUUACAGAUUAGCCAGAGACCUUGAUCCAGAGUGAGGUGCUUCACGGUCGAUUCCGCAAGGAGGUAAACGGGGGAUGACGUUCACGAUUGCCUUUUCCGUGAUCGUGGAGUCGGUGUCGGGAAACGGAUCGGCGAGUGGUCGACGAGCGAUCGGCUAGCUUCGACUUUCCUCGCCUUUGGAUUUCAAGCGAAAAAGAACCUCCUACACAAAUUCUACGAUGUGCGGGCUGAUAAGGAAAUCGAUUCGAUAUCUUUCGGCAAAAUCCGGCCCAAGGAAAAAGUAAUCCUUUGAUUUUCCCAACGAAAUCGGAGGAUCGACGCUUAAGCUAUCUUUUAAUGGUGCUUUAUGUGAGUGAUCUACAAGGCUCCGAAUUCGAUCCAAUAAGAAAAGGAUCGACGGAUUAUUUGAACGUUAAAUCUCCGAGCGGUUUAUUCAAAUGGGUAGCACAGACUCGGUGGACGGUGAACACCGAACUAUAAUUAUCAGUUCUGAUAACGAUCCGAAACGUACAAAUUUCCCCCGGAAUCGCAUCGCAUCCAACAAGUACACGAUAUGGAAUUUCCUUCCGAAGAACAUUUUCGAACAGCUGCGGAGAGUGGCGAAUUUUUAUUUCCUUAUUGCGGCGACCAUCGCCUUCUCCAUAGACUCUCCAAUUUCUCCGGUGACGAGUUCGUUGCCGUUGCUAUUUAUGUUGCUGGUGACAUCAUGUAAGCAAGGCUAUGAGGAUAUUUUGAGAUACCAGUUGGAUCAACGUGUCAAUCGCUCUCCUGUCACCGUAAUUCGUAAUAAGUGCGUUCAGAUCAUUCAGUGCGAACAGAUAGUAGUUGGCGAUUUGGUCAGAGUAAACGAGGACGAAGAUGUGCCUUGCGACCUCGUACUGCUGUACACCAAAAAUAGCAAUAAUUGCUGCUACGUCACCACGUCAAAUCUCGACGGGGAAACAAACUUAAAGACAUUGUACAUUCCAAAAGUUCUAUCUCAGAUGUCCAUCGAUGAUAUCGCCUCUCUAGAAGCACUCCUUAAAUGUCAGAAACCAAUGGCUAAUCUUUACACCUUCGAUGGAAAAUUGGACAUUCAUACGGACGAUGAAGAGGCAACUGCUCAUUUAACGGUAGACAAUCUUAUGCUAAGGGGAGCAAGACUCAAAGAUACCGAGUACGUAAUUGGAUGUGCCGUAUAUACAGGACAAGAGACAAAACUGUCGUUGAAUACGAAAAUAUCAAAAAAUAAAUUCUCCACGGCAGAACGAUCCAUCAAUAUUUAUUUAUUAUUCUUCAUCGGCAUACUGUUGACAGAAAUUAUUGCAUCCGCUACGUUGAAAGAGGUAAUAGAAAAGAAUUCUUUUUGGGACGUUUACUUGGGCAAAAUCGGCGUAACGAGUUUUUACAAGGCCUUCGUCGAUGCCUUGUCAUUCGUUAUCUUAUACAAUUACGUCGUGCCGAUAUCCUUGUAUGUCACGAUAGAGAUGCAAAAAUUUAUCAGCUCGUUUUUCUUCGAAUGGGAUCUGGACAUGUAUGACCAAGAAACGAAUCAACCGGCGAUCGCAAAUUCUUCAGACCUGAACGAGGAUCUCGGUCAAAUCGAGUAUUUGUUCACUGACAAAACUGGUACACUCACCGAGAAUUUAAUGGUGUUUCGGCAGUGCUACGUCGGUGGGAAUCUUUACAUGGAAAAUGACUGCGACGGUAACUUGUACCUCUUGCCGAGCAAUGGUGACCCAGGAGCUGCUGUGAAAUUAAUAAAGUGGCAGCCGGAAAUAUGGCACUUUUUGAUAAGCAUCUCCUUGUGUCACGUAGUGCACAUUGCUCCUCCUUAUAGAAGAAUUAGCAUAAGCCAGAGGAGAUCUGCAUUUCGUGAGAGCUUCAAGUUGAAGCGAACUUCGACACUUGAUAGUUCCUUGCUUAUGGACCCCGAGUUGCCUGUGUACCAGGCGGCCUCAGCCGACGAAAAAGCUCUGGUAGAAGCUAGUGCCCGCUGUGGGGUCGUUUUUCAAAAAGACUCGGGGGACGAAAUCGAACUCAAAGCCAAGGAUACCGUUUUGAAGUUCAAGAAACUCGACACCCUGGAGUUCAGUUCAGUUAGAAAACGAAUGUCGGUGAUAGUACAAGAUAGUGAUGGAGAUUUGUGGUUGUAUUGCAAAGGAGCCGAUUCGGAGAUGUUUCCUCUGAUUGUAAAGGGAAACGUUGAACAAGCGAAAGUACAUGUGAAUAAUUUCUCAAAGAGAGGUCUUCGAACGUUAGUCAUUGGUUACAAGAGGCUGAAAAGGAACGAGUACGAUAGCUUAAAAGACAAUAUCCAACGCUCUCGAGAAAUUAUAGGCGAGGAACGUACUACACGAAUUCAGCAAUCGUACAAAGCUGCCGAGAGCGAUCUCACGUUAAUCGGUGUUACCGCAGUAGAGGAUCGUUUGCAGGAAGGAGUAGAAGAAACGUUAAAAUCCUUGCAAGUGGCUGGAAUUAAAAUCUGGAUAUUAACAGGGGACAAAAUUGAGACGGCUGAAAAUAUCGCCCGUCUGUGUGGCCACUUCAAUCGAAACAUAGAAGUCUUGAGGUUGGAAAAUCAAGGAACUACUCAGACCUGCUGCGUCGCUUUAACAAGUUUCGAGCGCAGAAUUAAAAUAGAGCCUUAUCGGGAGUAUGGGCUAGUAAUGGAUGGCGUCAGUAUAGCCGUAGCAUUAAAAGAUUGUCCAGAAUUGCUAAAAAGUGUCGCCAUGUCUUGUGAUGCAGUCGUCUGCUGCAGAAUGACACCUUUACAAAAAGGCGAGAUUGUUGAAUUAAUUAAAAAUGCGAGAUGCUCUCCUGUCACGGCUGCCAUUGGUGACGGCGGAAAUGACAUUUCCAUGAUUCAAACGGCUCACGUUGGCAUAGGAAUAAUAGGCAGAGAAGGUCGUCAAGCCGCUAACAGUUCAGAUUUUGCUUUCACAAAGUUCAAGUGCUUAAAGAAAGCACUGCUGGUACAUGGCCACUGGUACUACGUGAGAAUCAGCACUCUGACACACUAUUUUUUCUACAAGAAUUUCGUAUUCAUAACACCUCAGUUAUUAUACGGAAUUCAUAAUGGAUUUUCUACUCAGGCUUUGUACGAUAGUCUCUACCUGAUGUUAUUUAACGUGGUAUUUACCUCUGCUCCGGUACUAAUAUAUGGUUUGCUGGAACAGGACUUUUCUGCUAGUAAACUUUUACAUCAUCCCGUGUUUUACCAAUUUUUCAAAAAUAACCAAAUGAUGUCGAAAAAAUAUUUUGCUUCAUGGAUUGCACUUGGUAUGUGGCAGACGUGCGUUAUUUAUUUUGUACCAUAUUUCUGUUGGAGGCAUAAUCCGAUCAUUUUAUACGACAGUACAGCUGCAGAUCAGUGGGCUUACAGUAUCUGUAUAUACCAUACUGCUACGUUAGUAAUUAAUACAAAGAUUUUGAUAACUAGUUCACAUUGGACGGUACCUUUUGUACUUAGUGUCGUGUUAUCGCAAGUAACAGUCUUUACUUUUGCGAUUAUCUACUCGUCGGUGUAUACAGUCUACAACGGUAACGUUUUCUGGGUAUUUAAUAAAAUGUUACUUUCACCAACGUUUUGGUUACUCACUUUGGUAACCGUGACAAUUUGUCACAUUCCCGACUUCCUUAUCGUUUUGUAUAAUACAAAGAAGGAAGAAAGGAUGCACAGACGUGGUGAGAAAAAUAAGAGAAAAGUACAAAUCAAUUCAUUCAGGGAAAAUCAUUCAUCUUUUCAACUAGAGAAAAGGCGCUUUCAUUUGCUUCCAUGGAGACGUAGUCUUUCCCUGGAAAAAGGAUUCUGAUCGAAUCAAACUCGCGUGGGGAAUGACCUCACUUUUUCUCAGGUAUAUCUUGUGUGGCAGAAAUGAGGGUUGCGGCAUGUCAUUUUCGACGGCUUACCUUCAUCGCAUUGUUCAUAGUUUUGGGGUAUUGUAUUGUACUUGUACUGAGAUCGGAAUCGAAAUUUAAUGACACAGA